GCAACAGAUGGAAGACUGACUGAGUGAGUGAGAGAAAGAGAGAGAGAGAGAGAAAGAAUGAGAUCCGGCGAGAUGGAUACGUUGUAACUUCAGAAAAUGACUGAACUCAAGAUCCAUCUGUGAACAGACAGAGGGGAACAUCUUGACAGAUCCCUUCAUUUUGCUGAAAGGGAAAAGCCGGUGGUCUCUGAGACUGAGAGGUGCUGCGUGCCUUUAUUUGGCUGUCAAAUGCACAGAUACGACAUGUUGACAGAAAGCAGGAAACGCAGACGCAGCUGUGAUGCUGAGGAGCUUCAGGUCUUGCCCCAGGCAAAGAGGUCUGGAGGUUAUUCCUUUCUCCCUGAGGUUGUCCGUGAUGUCUGGGACUCUGAGUCUUCCAGCAGUGACAGCAGUGGGAUCAGCAGUCCGGAGCAGAUGGCAAGAGCCACUUCCAACAUCCAGAAGACUGACCAAAGAGGACUCCAUGUAUCCCAGGCUCCCUGCAGCCCUGUUGCCCCCACCAUCUCAGCAGAAGAUCCGGCCGUCUCCUUGAGCCACAACCUCUCAUACGAUCACAUCAACCGUAUCUUAAGGGAGGCACACUUCAGUAGCCUGCAAACUCGUGGUCAGCAAGGGCCAACAUGAUCCAC